CUUUGCAGUUUUAACAUGUCGUCCGCCAUGUUUUGAGGCAUCUAAAAACGGUCCCUCAAAUCCACUCCAUCCAGCGUGAAUGAAGUGGUUUGAGAAGCAGGACCUGAAGCAAUGCUCGCCAACGGCCAAGAGAUGAACCCUGUAUCUAAUGUACGACAUGGAGCUACUCGAUCACAGGAUGACGCGAUGGUUGGAUACUUCUUCCAGCGACCACAGAGUGAUCCAGAUUUUCAAAAUUACAACAAACAAUCUCGGUGGGCAUUAGGUGACGACAGCGUACUCGAGGCCCGAGGAACGGAGGCAGCCGAACUGGAAACGGAAUUUCAAGCUCUUGCACUCGAAACUAGUCAUCACCUGGAGAUCCCAGCAUCAACCAAGAAGCUGUGGGCCUUGGAAGAAACUGGGGCCAAGCCCGAGGACAGCAAGGGGAUCUUCCUGGGGGACCAGUGGAGGGAUCCCACCUGGAGUACUGGACACACCAAUACUUCAGAGCAUGCAGUGUCACAGCCCAUAAUGGUACAGCGGCGGAGUGGGUCAUACCCAGGUAGCGACGGAGCCUCCAUGCUGUCCCCCCGCUCCUCCGAGACAUCGGGCCUGGGGGUGAAGAUGGUGGAAUACGUCCUGGGAAGCUCCCCUACCAUCAAGGAUCUGGACUCUCGCAUGGGGCGCAUGCAUAUGGGACCCAGCAAUGGUGAUCCAGACAAGGUAAAGAAAAGCAAGGAACACAAAAUGAAGGAUACAGAUGGUGGUCGUGUUGUGAUGCAGGCCAACGGGAUUAUACACAAUGGGAUCGACGAUGACAAGGGUUACAAGAAUCAUUACCACCGCAGCCCAGUCACCGGGUACGGCCGGGGAGGCAGCAGGCAGUCCUCACCCAGCGAAGACAUGGGACCCAAGGGGGAUAAGAUGGGUGGCCCCAAGGGACCCCCCAUGGGAGACGCCAUGGCCAUGGCAGGGGGACCGCAGGGAGGGUGCCCACCUGGUCUCGAGGCCCACCACUUCGAACACCACGGGGGACACGUGGACCAGCUGUCCUUCGAGUACCCUGGCAUGGCAACGUCACAUGGCCUCAUGCAGUCAAUGGAUUCUCCGGGCAUCCUAGACUAUGCUCCGCAGAUGUACCAACAACACCAGCAGCAGUCUCGGAGUCAGCACCAGGGCACGCUUCCAAUGCUCCCAGGGGGUCAGUACCAGAUAGGCCCUGCGGGUGCGGGGCAUCACCAGCAGGGAGCAGCAGGUGCCAUGGGUGUCCCGCCAGGGGCCUCCCCGUUUGCCCCACCACCUCCUUCAAAUCCCUACAUUAUGAAUCAGGACCCCUACGCCCCUCCUCCGCCAAUGGGAAUCAUGACCGGCCCAGCGAUGAUGGCAGCGCAGUACUACGGCAUGCCUCCCUGGGGGAUGUUCCCCACGCCCGCGGGACUCCUCCAGGGCCAAGGGGGACAGGGAGGUCCACCUCCACCACAGCAGAUGCUGAGAAGCAGUGGGGCGAGGCCCAUGACUCCACAAGGAGGGGAGGCCCUCUCGCAGGGCGGAGCAGGGAUGCCCACACAGGGGCUGCAGGCACCGGGCGGCCAGUAUCAGAUGCUAGCUCCCCCGUACUAUGACCAGAAUGGUUCUCUGAUGAUGGGUAACACUCGUGCAAUGAGGCUAAUGCCUCCGGUGCUAGUCAACCCCGGGGGUCCUGGUGGAAAUCCUGCCAGCCAACCAGCUUCCAUGAACGGCAACAACCUUCGCCUCUUAGGCUCCCAGGGCCCAGGAGGGGGUGGGGGGCCCCAGCAGGGCAGUCAUCAGGGCUCUGUCGGAGGGGGCUUGUUUUCGAGCGGAGGCAACGGACCUGCCACGGCAUCUAACCAUCUGUUCAGCACAGCCACCUCCGGUGGAUACAGUGGUGCUCCCUCCAGCUUCUCAGGCGGGAGCUUUGCUUCCACCACAGGACUUGGCAUGGGCUACGGGUCAUCCUCCUUGGGCCCAAUUGGGACAUCGCCAGUUGGACCCAUCGGCAUGAGUCUGGGUACAGAGUCCCCUCGACGAGAUUCCUUGGAGCGACGAGAUGCUGCCCUCUUGGGAGGAUCCGGGAGCAGCAGAGGGGGUCCCUUUGCAGGGGCCUUGGAGCCUUACUCCACAGGAGGCCUGAUGGGGGGUCCCAAGAGGGGCAGCAGUGGCUUCUACGGGCCCUUGGGUACCGUGGCUGCGGCUUCUCCUGGGCCCUUGGGGACGCUGCCGCCCUCCCUCACUCCUCCGCCGUCUCUCAAUGGGUCUUCUUCUAAUCUCAACCUGGGUUCAUUCGGGGGCCGCGUCAUGUCUGCAGCCCCUGGUGCAGAGGCCAAGUACAUGGUACGCAAUGGUCCACUAGCCAAUGUGAUUGGCUCCUCAAAUUCUCUUGUGCCCAGCAGAACAGUACAAAGAAACUCUAGCCUGGAGAAACCUCCAGGACGCAGCCGUCUGUUGGAGGACUUCCGCAACAACAGGUAUCCCAACCUGCAACUGAGGGAUCUGGCAAACCAUAUCGUGGAGUUCUCACAAGACCAGCAUGGCUCCAGGUUUAUCCAACAGAAACUGGAGCGUGCCACUCCAUCCGAAAAGCAGCUGGUGUUCUCGGAGAUCCUUAACUCUGCGUACGGCCUGAUGACGGAUGUGUUUGGCAACUACGUGAUCCAGAAGUUCUUUGAGUUUGGCAGUCCAGACCAGAAGCAGGCACUGGCGGUGAAGGUGAAGGGCCACGUGUUGCCCCUGGCCCUGCAGAUGUACGGCUGCCGCGUCAUCCAGAAGGCCCUGGAGUCGAUUCCGUCGGAGCAGCAGAAGGAGGUGGUGAAGGAACUGGACGGCCACGUUCUCAAGUGUGUCAAAGAUCAAAAUGGAAACCACGUCGUGCAGAAGUGCAUAGAGUGCGUGGAACCCUCCGCGCUGCAGUUUGUCAUCAACGCCUUUCAGGGGCAAGUGUUUGGCCUGUCGACCCACCCUUACGGAUGUCGCGUGAUCCAGCGCAUCCUGGAGCACUGCACAGGGGAGCAGACGUGUCCUGUGCUGGAGGAACUGCACCAGCACACGGAGCAACUGGUUCAGGACCAGUACGGCAAUUAUGUGGUGCAGCACGUCCUCGAACAUGGGCGCCCCGACGACAAGGCCAAGAUUGUGGCCAUCGUGCGUGGAAAGGUGCUGCAGCUCUCGCAGCACAAAUUUGCCAGCAAUGUGGUGGAGAAAUGUGUGACCCACGCCUCCCGUGCUGAGAGGGCGAUGCUCAUAGAAGAAGUCUGCUCUUUCUUAGAUGGGUCCCACAGUGCCUUAUACAUAAUGAUGAAGGACCAGUACGCCAACUACGUGGUACAGAAGAUGAUCGAGGUGGCCGAGCCCCCCCAGCGCAAGCUCCUCCUUCACAAGAUCCGUCCCCACGUCCCCUCACUCAGAAAAUACACCUACGGAAAGCACAUCCUGGCCAAGCUUGAGAAGUUCCUGCUCAAGAACAACGAGCAGCUCCUCGGAGGACCCUCGGGCAGCAACGGCAACGGGCCCGUCUCCGGCGGGGGCGUUGGGACCUCCAAUGGUGCUCUCUGAGCCUCUUGUUUCUUCGUGCUCUCGUUUUAUUUUCCGUUCCCGGAGUACAACACAGACUCCCGUCAUUUGCAAAUGAGGUGUGGCACCCGCUAGGAACGGAAGUCACGUCGGAGGUGCCGUGCGCCACUGGCUCUCUCUCUUUUCUUUUUUUUUUUUUUUUCUCGUUCUUUUUUCUGCUGGCAAAGCCUUGAGAAGUUUGAGCCCUUCGUAAAAGAGGCGGAUUGUUGUCACUGUGUAGGGCGAGGGCUUUGCUUUUCUGUUUCACGUUGACGUCCGCUUUGAACAAAAACGUGUCUGGAGUUUGCCUCUCCAGACAGCCGUUUCGAGAGCUUUGCUUCUCCUUCUCUCCCUUUCUUCCCUGGGUGUCCCAAUCUCUUUCUGUUCUCUUUCCCCUGUAUAGUGUAAGUAAGCACCAUCUCUAAUUUCUCCCUCGCAUGUUCUUUAUUAUUAUUAUUUUUUGCAUAAUUUGCUUUGCCUUCCUCAUCUAGUGCAUAGAUUGAGAUAGGAAAAAAAAUCAUGAAAAUCGUGCGCAUGCCCACAUUUCAUCGUCCUGCCUUUUUUUUUCUUCCCCUUGUACAGUAAAUAUCCUCUCAUUGGCAUCACAUUGGAACAAAGCAACGGAGGGGAAACCACAAGACGUGACUUGAAGGAAAGGGGGGCAUCCCCGCAAUUUUUUUCUCUCCUCUGUCACCCCCUCGCUUCUCACUGCUUGCGGCUGUUUUUAUAUGUACCCGUACAUAUAUACAUUUAUAUAUAUAUACAUAGCAGAGACAUAACACGCACUGGACAUAGUGGAGAGAGCCGUGUACAUUUUGUGUAAAUUAUGCGCGUGUUUGCUCUCUCCCUUCCCUCAUGCCUAUCUUCUUUUCUCUCCACACUUUAUUUUUAUUGCUACCAUCACAUGUGUGUGUAGUCAUUGUAAAAAAAAAGCGCAAGACAAGAUAUGCAGUACCGGACAAAAAGAACGAUGUAUGUAUCAUAGGAGUUUAAUGAAGGGAUGUAAAAAACAAAACAAAGAAAGACAGUGUUGGUGCUUAUCUCUUGACACUCUCUCCCUGUUUGAUACGAUCUCAGAUUUUUCUAGCUGACUUUUUUCUUUUUUUUUCCUCUCCGUCCCUAGCGGCACAGCAAUACAGAGGUGGCGCGAGCCCGCGGAUUCCCCCAGUGUGUGCAGAUAUCUCUGCGUAAGUUUGACUGACAUUCUUGAAAACGGUCCCCCCCCCCCCAAAUAGCCUCUAUUUUGCUUCCUGACAUUGCCACUGUCCUCGUUGCUUCGUCGGCCAUUGCUCGGCCGACAGCGGCUCAAACUCCCGCAGCCAGUUUCUGGUGACAGAGCAUAGGGACACGCUUUCCUGAACAAGUAGCCGACCUCUCUUGACUACUUUUUCUUUCUUUUUUUUCCCCCCCACGCUUUAUUGAUGCCAGCAUGACUUACUUCAGGUCAGUCGGUGUUGAGGAGAACCUCGGUGACUGCACCAUGCAGCACCAUCUACGAUUCUCUUCUCUUGACCGGUUGGCCUGUCCACGUUCAUAGACGCUCGUAGGUUCGAAUGAACGUGUACGGCAAAGCCGUUAAUAUUUUUUUCCCCUACUUUCGGGCACAAGGUUUGCAGCCACUUGUGUCCUGGCUUGCUUUUCUUUGUUCUUAGUUAUAUGGUUCCUUGUGUUCAACCCUAAGUAUAGUACCCUUUCCCCACUCCAUUAGGAUUUUGCACAUUGCAAAAUGUGCGCUAGCUGCCCUUGUUCCGUUCGCGUAAGGUCUUGUCCGCAUUCCCCCCUGCAGGGUUUUGUCGCUGCACGUAUGUGUACACAUUGUUUGGCAUUGUGAUGUUCCACUUUUCUGCUGAAAUGGGUGCAAAAAAAAUGACAGCUUUAGGUUUGGUUAAUUUCCUUUUUUUGUUUGCUUUGGCGGAGAGGUUUGGAGGGCUUCGCCCAGCUCCGCCCGUCGUGUGCAUUUUUUUUUCUAGAUGUGCGUGCGUGAUGUGUGUUUUAUAUGAGCAUGCAUACAUACAUAUACAUAAGUGUAUAAAUGUGUAUUUAGAAUUGCAGACACAAUGGCAUGUUCUUUUUCUUUGUGCGUGGAGGUGUGUGUGUGUGUGUAAAUUGUGCUUGCAAGCACAUUGUUUUGUGUCUGUUGGCAUAAUGUUUUGCGCUGUGUACAUUUGGCAGUCUACGAGUUAUAGGUUUUAAAAAAAAAAGACAAGUGACAGACCCUCCUAGGCUGUAGCCCUCGAAAAAAAUAUGGCUCCCCUAAACAAGUCUCCGAAGGCACACACACGCUCACCCAUGCAUUACUGUUUGCACUGUGUAUUAUAUAUAUAUAUAUAUAUACAUAGAUAAUAUUAUACAUAUAUAAAUACAGAGCAGUACCUUCCCCCUUGUCAAAAAAAAAGAAAAUCUUGUACAUCGUUCCCUCCAAAGUAUUUCUUAUACAGCGCUGUCCCCCUUCUUUUUCGUUUCCUUCUUUGUUUCGCGUAGUGAAAAUUGUACAAAUUGUAAAUGGAACACGAUUUUUACUCGACUCUGGAAAACGGAAUGGCACACGCACCUGCCCCCAGAUCUUGCUUUUCUUUUUUUUUUAUCUUUUUUUUUUCAAGGACGAAAUCUGCAAAGAUAUGCAGGGACAAUAACAACACGAUCAGGAAACUGUGUUUGAGUUUAUUUGGUUCACGGUCGGCAAGGUUGCCCUUUGUUUUGUUUCCCCCCCUCGACUCUUUCACGCUACCUUGUAAAGUUCACGAGAGUAACGAGCUUAAAUAUUGUACAAUAGAAGUCUAUUUAUAAAACAGAACCACCUGGGACCCCCUUUUGUAAAUGUGUAUAAAGUCUCGAAGAAGCUCGGAAGGGGGGAAAUGGCAUUCGCUUGCCACUGCAUUGAUUUUUUUAAAAAUUGUACUUAUUGAUUAGUUUUUGCAUCAAUCAGGUGAUUGCCUCUGUACUUUUUUUUUUUUUUUUUUAGAUUUUAAAUUUCACUUUGUGUUCACGCUCCAUGACAUCCACGGGAUUGUAGAUAUGUAAUACAUUGUUAAUUGUGUGUCAUCAGUGCACGAGCUGGAACAUUGCGCAAGUCUCAGAAGGGUAACAUGUGCUGGGCCAGCCUGUAAUCGGUCUCUAUCCCGUCUGUUCUGUGAACAGAACACUAAAAGGGCAGAGAAGACAUGGACCAACUUGGUCCUCGUAGUCUCGGAACUGAGGUCUAUAACGGCCAGGCUACCAGAUUGCCCUGAAACCUGUGCAGUGUUCUGGCACUGGUUGUAGUUUAGUUCCUGUAAAUAUGAGAGUCUUUCCUUUCAAAGUGUGCAAACAGAGGGGCAAGCAGAGUGUAAAUGUAAUUUAACGACAGAAAAAAAUUUUGAGACAAAAUAUGUAAAAAAAAAGAAAAGUAAUUGUUCUACUUACAAAUCAGGUGCAUUGUCUGUAGCUUUUUCCUUUCUUUUUUUUUUUUUUCGAUAUCUUUCUCCUUGUGUACAGUUGUGUAUAAAGUGCAAAAUGGUGCGUGCCACUACAGAAGUCAGACGGGAGUCAAAUGGGAUGUGCAGACAAAGUACAUAUUAAAAAAUGACGCUGUUCCUAGUUCACACCGGACACGUCCAUUGUAAAUGGCCAUUGCAGUCAUCUGUGUAUAGGGAAAUGGAUUUGUCACAGUCAAAGCACCACAACUCAUAAAUUCAGAACAGAGCCUUUGUUGUCAAUACAUCACCGUUUCUCUCUUCCUUUUUUUUUAAAUCUUAUAACUAGGGCAGGGGGAACGAAUAUGACGAAGCUCUAUGCUGAACCUUCUGAGGUAGCCAUCUUUGUUUUUGCAUGCACAUGGCAACCCACAUGUGCCUCGCACAUCGUCUCAGACUAGCUUGUGUCUCUGCUGUCACAAAAUGCUUUUUUCUCGAUGGCAACGUGGUUGUGUUUUUGAAGUCUGCAAAUGCCACAGUAUGCCAAGUGUGCUGAGAACUUGGCACUUUUUUUUUUUCUUUUUUGUUGCUUCCAAUUACCCAAUGGCUGUGUGUGUGUGCGGAAGGUUCGGCGUGAUGGGCUCUUGUUUCAUUUCCUUUUUUUUUUAUCUGGGCUGCCAUUGGGCCAUAAGACUUUGUUUGUUCAACUGAGGCUGGAAGGAAUGCUGUGCCUUGUCAUUUACUGCUGGAAUAGUUGUAACAUUAUUCACAAUAACAAGUGGUGACAGUUGUGGUCUGGUGGUUCCUCGAAGUUUAUCUCUUGUCAUCUGGGGCUUGUGCUGUAUAAUCCAUUUUUAGUCUGAUGUUAGCAUACUGUGUACAUUGAUGUACUAUACUGAUCUUGUAAACGUUUGUGUUUGGAUACUGUAGAGAAAUAAAUGCCUUUUGGAGUAAAGAAUAUAA